UUUUACAGUAGUUAUAUAAAAUUUUUUUAUUUAAUUAAAUUUUAGGAAUAUUUUAUAUUUCUUCAUCUACAGAUUUUAAUAAAAUGCAUUAUUAUUAAAUAUACAAUAACAAUUUAAUCAAUUAAUUGAUUUAUAAUAUGUCUAAAAUCAUUAGAAAGAAACUUAAUAACAAUGGCCAAUAUUCAAGCCGUUCAAGAUUCAAAAAUAAUGAAUCAAUUACUUGGCUAUUAUUUGUUGGAUUGUUUUUGUAUCUUUUUGUUAUUGAAUCUAAAAUAUCAACAAAAAAUGGCAAAUCCGUUACAACAAUGAUUGAUGCCAAAUGGAGUUUAGCACCUUUAGUAUUAGAAAUGGCUGAAUAUAUGGCUGAAGAUAGUCAACAAUCUUUGUGGUCAUUUGUUGAUAAAAUAUCAGAUCUUAAUCCAGUGUUAAAUGAACUUGAAAAUGAUGAAAUUAAGUAUCAAACAGCAUUAUUUCAUGCUGAAUCACUACUAUCUAAAUCAAAGUUAAGACUACUUAAAUUUUCAUUGUCAAUGCAUAUUUAUUCACCGCGUAUUGAAAUGUAUACCCAAAUGGCAGAUGAUGUAGGAGUAAAAUGCAGUACAGCUGUAGAUUUAGAUGGGCAACUUGUAUGUUCAGUAGAUCAGUUGAAAGACAUUUUAAAACAAAUAGAAAAAAGAGGUUCAAAAAUAUCUUCAUUAGUUUAUCAAAUUGAUCAUCAUUAUCCUACUUCAGGAAAUAAAAACAAUGUGGCAAUUCUAUAUGGUGAAUUAGGAACACUAGAAUUUUCUAACUAUCACAAAAUUUUAAAGAAGUUUGCUCAAAAAGGUGUAAUUGAUUAUGUAUUUCGCCAUUUUGUAAAGAAUAGAAGCCAACAAAAAGUAAGAUUAUCUGGGUAUGGUGUUGAAUUACAUAUGAAAUCGACAGAAUAUAAAGCUGAAGAUGAUAGUGUUGUGAAAGAUAAAAACGAAAUGAAUGUGAAUGAAUCUGAUGAAGAUACUUCUGAAAUUGAAGGUUUUGAUUUUAAACGACUAAUUGAAUUAUACCCUGAUAAAAAACAAGAGUUACUAAAACUUAGAAUUCAUUUAUCUGAAGUAAGUGGUGAGUUAGCACCACUUAAAGCUUGGCAAUUUCAAGAAUUAAGCUUACAGGCAGCUCAAAGAAUAAUGAGUGGACCACCUCAAGACGCUAUUCAAACAUUCAUUCACAUAGCUCAAAAUUUUCCAACUCAAGCACGUUCAUUAGCAAAUAUUAAAGUUAGUAAAGAAUUAAGAAAUGAAAUUGCCAAAAACCAAGAUAGUUUUUCAAUGAAUUUAAAUUUGCAACCAAGUGACACCAUAAUGUUGUUAAAUGGAAUGUAUUUUGACACUGAUAUGACUGAUAUGUCCACUAUAUUAGAUACAAUUACUCAAGAAUUGCAAAUAAUGGAAGGGUUAUAUUCCAUAGGUAUUACAGACAAAAAAGCUGUAACAUCUAUGUUAGAGCUUGAUGUAGGUAGUAUUAAAGGAAAAUCAUACUCAGUAGACAUUAGAGAUUCUGCCAUUCAGUGGAUAAAUGAUUUAGAAUCAGAUGUAGCAUAUAAAAGAUGGCCAUCUUCAAUUGAUGAUUUACUUAGACCUACAUUUCCAGGCAUGUUACGAAGCAUUAGGAGAAAUCUUUACAAUCUAAUAGUUAUUUGUAAUCCUGCCUCUAGAAACUCUUGGUCAUUACUAAAAUUAUCUGAUUCAUUUUUGGGACAUCUCAGUCCAUUGAGAAUAGGUAUUGUCUUUGAUGUUUCACCAAAACCAAUAACAGGCUUAACAAGUGCUAGUGUAGCAUUAUUAAAUGCAUACAAUUAUAUUGUUGAACAAACAUCAAAGCCAUCAGUUGCAUUUAGUUUUAUAACAAAUGUUUAUACUACAAUUAAAGAAGAUAGAGAUGUUAUUGUAACUGAUGUUCUAUCAGAAUUUAAAAAAUUAUACCCUAAAGCAGUUAUUGAUGAUAUUUUUGGUGAAGAUAGUGAUUAUGAUACUGCGCGAAUGCUGGCUAAAGAAUAUAUAGGGAAAAUAGGUUUUAGAAAAUUGCCUCAAGUACUACUAAAUGGUGUACCUUUACAAGAAAAAUCUUUAGUUGAAGAAGAUUUUGAAGAAGCUGUGUUGGUUGAGUUAGUGCAACAAACUCAAAUUUUACAGAAAGCUGUUUAUAAAAGAGAACUUACUGAUGCAGAUAGUGUUGUAGAUUGGUUAAUGUCACAGCCAAAUGUAAUGCCUAGACUCAAUUCCCGUAUCUUGAACCCAGAUUCAACAAAAACCUUACAGUUAGCAAAUUUCCAGGGAUCAAUUUCAGAUACAAUUUUAUAUUUCAGUUUUUCUAAGAAAAUCACUAUUUAUCCAAUAACUCACUGGAUUGUUGGAGAUUUUUCAAAUGUAUCUGCUAUUAAAUUAAUCAUAAAUGUUUAUGAACAUUUGAAAUCUGAAUCAGAAUCUCGUGUUGGUAUUAUACCUAACCUAUCUAGUAAUGACGAAUAUUCCAUAAAAUUAAAUAAAAUUAUUUUGGAAGCAUUUAAUCAAAAUGAAAAAUUAUCUGUUUUGAUCCAAUAUUUAUCUCAAACAGUUUCUUCAAAAAAAGAUUAUAUUGAGAUUAUCAAAACACUGCCUGAGGAGUUAAAUUUUGAUAUAUCAAAUCAAGAUUUAACAAUUUAUUCUAAUUACUGUGCUGAUAUACUAAAAUUUGAUAAAGGACAACAUGGUGUUAUUACUAAUGGCCAUAUUUUAGGACCUUUUGAUAAUGAUGAAGAGUUUCUUGUCGAUGAUUUUGCCUUAUUAGAACAGCACACCCUUAAAGGAAGUGUAAACAAAAUUUUAAAUAUACUUAAAGAUUCUGAUGUAUCUGAUAUUACUAGUGAUAUGAUAAUGAAAGCUAGUACAUUAAUAAGUAGUCGUCCACAAACAAAAAAUAGACAUUCUAUACCUGAAGUAUCAGAUAAAUAUAGUGUUAUAAAAUUAUCAGCUCAAAAUGAAGAUGAACCAGUUUUUGAAAUCAAUGUUAUUGUUGAUCCUAUUUCUAGAGGAGCUCAGAAGAUUGGUUCUAUUAUAUCAGUGCUAUCUCAAGUUCUUAAUGCUAAUAUAAAUAUUUACCUGAAUUGUGUUGAUAAAAAUAGUGAUAUGCCUUUAAAAAGUUUUUAUCGUUUUGUACUUGAAUCCCAAGUUACUUUUGAUAAAUCUGGACACUUGUCUCCUAAUCCUAUAGCUAAGUUUACUAAUAUGCCUACUAGUCCUUUAUUGACACAAAUUCUUCAUGUCCCUGAUAACUGGCUUGUUGAAUCUGUAUCAUCACCAUAUGAUCUUGAUAAUAUUCGUCUUGAAGAUGUUGAAAUGGGAGUUUAUAGUCGUUAUGAAUUGGAGUAUCUUUUGCUUGAAGGUCAUUGCUAUGAUGCAAUUAAUAUGAAUCCUCCUCGUGGACUUCAAAUGACUUUAGGCACUAAGUUAAAUCCAGUAAUGGUUGAUACAAUAGUUAUGGCAAAUUUAGGAUAUUUUCAGUUAAAGGCUAAUCCUGGAGCUUGGACAUUAAGACUUCGCCAAGGACCAUCAGCUGAUAUUUAUGAUAUUGUAUCAAGUGAAGGAUCUGAGAAGUCUACUAAUAAUAGUGAUAUUAAAGUACUAAUAAGCUCUUUCCGCUCACAUAUAUUGAAAGUUAAAGUUGCCAAAAAGGCUGGAAAACAAAAUUUAAGUGUAUUAGGGGAUGAUAAUGCUGAAAAUAAAGGUCUAUGGAAUUCUAUAACCAGUUCUUUCAGUUCAGGUUCUUCUGAUCAAGCAGCUGAUGAGACAAUAAAUAUAUUUUCUGUUGCUUCAGGCCAUUUGUAUGAACGUUUUUUAAGAAUAAUGAUGUUGAGUGUUUUGAAGAAUACCAAAUCACCUGUUAAAUUUUGGUUUCUUAAAAAUUAUCUAUCUCCCACAUUUAAAGAUUUUCUUCCUGUUAUGGCAAAUGAAUAUAAAUUUCAGUAUGAAUUGGUUGAAUAUAAAUGGCCUCGUUGGUUACACCAACAAACUGAAAAACAAAGAACUAUUUGGGGCUACAAAAUUUUAUUUUUAGAUGUUCUUUUUCCAUUGGACGUUAAAAAAAUUAUAUUUGUUGAUGCAGAUCAAGUAGUAAGAGCAGAUAUGAAAGAGUUAGUAGAUUUAGAUUUGGGUGGUGCUCCAUACGCAUACACUCCAUUUUGUGAAAGUAGAAAAGAGAUGGAUGGAUUUAGAUUUUGGAAACAAGGAUAUUGGAAAACUCAUUUACAAGGUCGUAGAUAUCACAUUAGUGCUCUUUAUGUUGUAGAUUUGAAACGUUUCAGAAAAGUUGCAGCUGGGGAUAGAUUAAGAGGACAAUAUCAAGCUCUCAGUCAGGAUCCAAAUAGUUUAUCAAAUUUAGAUCAAGAUUUACCAAACAACAUGAUACAUCAAGUAUCUAUAAAAAGUUUGCCACAAGAAUGGUUAUGGUGUGAAACAUGGUGUGAUGAUGAAUCGAAAAUUUUUGCUAAAACUAUUGACUUAUGUAAUAAUCCAUUGACAAAAGAAGCUAAGUUGACAGCAGCUAUGAGAAUUGUGAGCGAAUGGAAAGAUUAUGAUAAUGAAAUAAAGAGUCUUCAAAUUAAACAAAGUAAACAUGAAGAUGAAAUUAUUAAUGAAGAAGAUCAAUCAACAGAUCAAAAUAAUCACACUGAGUUAUAGUACAUCUAAUGUUUGUUAUAUUUUAAAUCAAUACAUGUGCAAAUGAUCUUUUUGCCAAUUACAUUUGUGUAUCAAUUUUUAAAGUAUCAAUUUUUACUAUUUAUUCUAUUGUCACCAAAUGUUUUUUACCAUGUGAUUUUGUUAACAAAAUAAGAUAUGAAAAUAAGUAUACUUUAAACAACACAACAAUGUAAACUAUAAUAUUAUUUUUAUUAUAAUCAUUUAUUUUACAAAACACCUUGAAAAUAUAUUUAUGUUUCAUCUAGUAUAA